GCCGAACCAGUAAUCGAAGUCCCCGAAACCAGCACAGAGCCACAGAGAGACAGCUCAACCACUCAAGACAUGGAACUCGAGGCUCCAAACCCAUCCGAGUCAACUCAUGUUAGCGCUGAACCGGCCGUGAAUGGCGAGUCGAACUCAAAACGCGACAGAGAGGAAGGAGAAGAAGCAGAGAACAAUAGUGAAUCCAAGAAGCAGAAGGUGGAGAAGUCUGUGGAAGAGGAAAGUAGAAUCGAAGGUGUUGAUGACGAGAAAAAGGAGUCGGGUCAAGUUGAUGUGGGUCCGAAGAGUUUCGGGUCGUCUGUUGAGAUGUUUGAUUAUUUCUGCAAGUUUCUUCACUACUGGCCUCCCAAUCUCAAUGUGAACAAGUAUGAGUACAUGGUGUUACUGGAGUUGAUGAAGAAUGGUUAUUUGGAGCCAGAGAAAAAGAUUGGUAAAGGGAUUCGGGCUUUCCAAGUCAGAUACCAUCCUCAGUAUAAAAGUCGCUGCUUCUUUCUCAUUAGGGAUGAUGAGUCUGUCGAUGAUUUCAGCUUUCGGAAGUGUGUUGAUCACAUACUUCCCUUGCCAGAAGAAUUGCAAAUAAAACCUGAUGUCAAUAAGGCAUUAGGUGGACGUGGCACUAGAGGAGGCCAUGGAGGUAAAGGUGGUGGAGGUGGAAGAGGAGGUGGGCGUAGCCGCGGCCGUGGCCGAGGGGGGAAGCGGAGAAACUGAGGUAGUGGUCUUUGUUUUACCUGCAGUGGAGUUGGAUUUAGAAUUUCAUAAUAUAUCUCCAAUAUAAAAUGCUGUGAGGUUUUUUUUUUUUUUAAAACUUAUUUAGCUGAACUGUUAUGCCAUCCAAAUUUUGACUAACAAUGGCUGGUGAAGUUUUGCAUUGGGAUUACAUGAAGUUUUUGAUAUAUGUUGAAAAUUCAG